AUGCCGCAAGACGACGCGUCCUUCCUCCUCUGCGCCGAGGACGCUUUCUUCUUCGUCGACGCCGCCGCCAGCACCUGCACCACCGCCGAGCAGGACGAUGGCUGGUGCUCCAGCGCCGAGGAGGAGUCGGCGGCCUCCUUCGUCGCCGAGCUCAUCGGCGGCGAGGCCGACUACUCGCCCCGGUCCGACUACUCCGACCGGCUCCGGUCGCGGUCCGUCGACCCCGCCGCCCGGGCCGACUCCGUUGCAUGGAUUGUCAAGGUGCAAGAGUACUACGGAUUCCUUCCCUUGACGGCCUACCUCGCCGUGAACUACAUGGACCGGUUCCUCUCCCUCCACCGGCUGCCGCAGGAGGAUGGAUGGGCAAUGCAGCUGCUAGCUGUGACCUGCCUCUCCUUGGCUGCCAAGAUGGAGGAGACCCUGGUGCCCUCCCUCCUAGACCUUCAGAUAGAGAGCACAAGAUACAUCUUCGAGCCGAGAACGAUCCUUCGAAUGGAGCUUCUCGUCCUCACGGCGCUCAAUUGGAGGCUCCGAUCGGUCACGCCGUUCACAUUCAUCGACUUCUUCGCUUGCAAAGUCGAUCCGAGGGGGAGGCACAUGAGAUACCUGAUCGCCCGAGCCACACAAAUGAUUUUAGCCGCAAUACAUGACAUUGAGUUCUUGGACCACUGCCCGUCGUCCAUGGCUGCCGCGGCGGUGCUGUGCGCCGCCGGUGAGACGCCGUCCCUCACCUCGUUGCUCAACCCUAGGCUUGCAGUCAAUUGGUGCAUUGGCCUAGCAGAGGAAGGGGUGAGCAGCUGCUACCAACUAAUACAGCGGCUGGUGGGUUGCAAGAGGGCAGCCACAGCGGAAGCGGCAGUUAACCUGUGCUCAGACGAGGUUCUGUCCUGUGAUUACUCCUCCUGCACCACCCCACCCCCACCCAAGAGGAGAAAGAGGUCACCUCCACCGGUCAUCACAUGA